UUUUUCUUUUUUUUUUUUGAACGUUUAUAAUUAUUAGAGCUCUUGCAUCAUAUCUAAUGAUGGCAAGAAGUCGGCAUCACUCGAGGAAGUGGAAGGAGGACAAGAAAUAAGAGAGGGAACAAAGGUGAAGGCUUCUUCCAAGAUACCCGACCACCCUUCUCCCAAGAAAAUGGUGGUAAGAGGGGGUGAAUGUGGUUCUUCCACACAAGCGGCCCUCCCCACUAAGCCCAAUCGCAAGCUCGAGUCGACAAGACCGGUGCGGCGCCGCUUCCCUUGCGAGCGCAACGAUUCUUUGCAGACGAGCAAAUGCAGCGACGACGGAAGGUUGCCCACGGUCAGCGAAGAGCAAGAAGACAAAUGGCGCAGCAAGAACCGGAACCAUCUCACCAUGUCCUCUCGCUUGUCUUCGGACGAUGGGUAUUAUACCGGCAGCACCGGCAGUGGAAGCGGCAACAAUAUCUCUGACAUCGAGAGCAUGAUCGAGGAACGUCUCGGGUCGAUGACUCAGGCAUGGGAGAGACCUAACCACAGCCUUGCAGCCCAAACCAGAAGAAACGAUAUGGAGAACAAGCUAAUAGCAUGGAAGGAAGCCAGAAUCAUGAAGCUCAUGAACAAGCUUAGGAAGGAGGCGGAGGCCAUAGACGAGUGGGAGAAGAAGCAGAUCACCAAGGCGAAGAUGGAUAUGAAGGAAUUUGAGAUUAAGCUGGAGAAGAGAAGAUCAAAGGCAAUGGGAAAGAUGCAGGGGAAAAUAAGGAUGACGCAGAAGAAGGCGGAGAAGAAGAAGCUCAAGGAGCAGGCAGCUGCAGCCAAGAAAAUAGCCACCGUCAACAAAUCAUUCAACAAAAUCUCCAGCACCGGAAAGCUUCCCUGGAUGCUCGUUUUCCUCUAACUAUGCCUUUCAGUUCACUACACAAAAGACACAGUUCACUGUCCCGCAGGAUCUCUCUGAAUGAAGCAUAUCAGCCGUACACCUACAAAUUCAGGUAUUAUUGUAUGCCUAAAUUGAGAAAAAGGUCUUGGGCUGCUCCUGUGAUGCUCAAGGAAUCAGAACUUGUUCAACAGUAUCUGGAAAGCUUCUGACAUAAUAUUAACUCGUUUUUAUCGACAACGAAUCAUUAAAAA